UCUAUGCGGAAGUGUUGUCCUCAAGAGCAACAGCAGCAGCAGAGCCAGAGCUGCCAGUGUUUGGAUAAACACUACGCUAGUUCAUUAGCAGGUUUACUGGUGUUCCUGCCUCAUCUUUCGGGACUUGUCAGCGCUCAUCUUGACCGUGCAGCAUUGCAGUAUUAUGCGAGCACCGUCCGGAGUGUGGGAGCACCGUGUGAAGUGAGUUUCCUUGAAUCAUCUAUAUGGGCCAUCUUCUCUCGAAAAAUGGUUACCGCCUGAAGAAGAGGACACGCAAGUUGCAUCACAGGAAGAAGAAGAAGAGGAACUGUUUUCUGCAGCUGCCGUGCAUGCUCUGCUUCAUUGUCCACAGCAACAGCAGCGGUCUUGAAGACGACAGCGACCACUUGGAAGCCAGUGCCAACGGCAGCAGUUGUCGCCACAACAGCAUCACAGGAAUCAGCGUCCCUGGUGUGGGCGGAGUUGGUAUUGGAGCAGCGGCUGCCUCAAAGCUCGCCGAACGAUACGCCACCCUUGCAUCUCCUGAGGACUGCUCCAAGUUCCUGCUGUCACCCCGGGACUUGGCUCUCUGGGAGGGUCAAGGGAGGAGCCUUUUAUCAGCUGUUCCUGCAAAACUGAUCCCACCACCGGCGCUGUUUCGAACCGCUGGGGUGUCUGUGACUGUGCCCAUACCUGUGCCUGUGCCUGUGUCUGGCUGCACCAGUGACCACACUGAGAUGGUGUGCAAGAGGAAGUGUUCAGAGGUGCAGAGGUGCACCCCCUGCAAGCAGCCCCGCUGCUCCUUCGCUGCCCCCGACGGAGGGCUGGAGAACGGAGGAGUGGCGGGAGGCGGGGGAGACGCCGCCUCGAACUCUGAAACUGGUCACUGCCACCUUCCCCUCUGUCCCCUCCCCUCCUCCUCCGCCUCCUCCUCCUCUUCCUCCGCCUCUUCCUCCUCACCUGCUGAUGGCUGCUGCGGGUUGGGUCUUCAUGCUGAUUUGCCACACAGCUCAGACUCAUCUCCCUGCUGCUUGCACCAAUAUGACGACUCCCAGGGGAGAAGUUCUGACGCUGCUGAUCACUUAAGUAUCAACCACCUGCCUUCUUCCAUCCUACUCAAGGUGCUUUCCCACUUGACAGUGAAGGAGCGCUGUUUGUGUGCCUCUCUGGUUUGUAAGUACUGGAGGGAUCUGUGUUUGGACUUCCAGUUCUGGAAGCAAAUCGACCUCAGUGGCCUACAACAAGUGAGCGACGAUCUCCUGGUGAAAAUAGCCUCCCGGAGGCAGAAUGUGACAGAGAUUAACAUCUCAGAUUGCAGAGGUGUCCAUGACCACGGUAUAUCCUCCCUGGCCUCACACUGUCCGGGCCUGCAGAAGUACACGGCAUACCGCUGCAAGCAGCUGGGUGACUCGUCUCUGUCCUCCUUGGCUAAAUAUUGCCCUCUGCUGGUGAAGGUGCAUGUGGGCAACCAGGACAAACUAACAGAUGAAUCUCUGAAAAAGCUGGGAGAGCACUGCAGUGAGCUGAGGGAUAUCCACUUGGGUCAGUGCUACGGUAUCUCCGAUGAUGGGAUGGUUGCUUUGGCUAGAGGAUGCCGUAAACUCCAGAGACUCUACUUACAAGAGAACAAAAUGGUCACAGAUCAGUCGGUGCAAGCCGUCGCAGAGAACUGCCCUGAGCUCCAGUUUGUUGGCUUCAUGGGAUGCCCGGUUACCUCUCAGGGAGUCAUCCAUCUUACUGCGCUUCGAAACCUGAGCGUCCUGGACCUGCGGCACAUCUCAGAACUCAACAAUGAAACAGUGAUGGAGGUGGUGAGGAAAUGUCACAACCUCAGUUCCCUCAACCUCUGCCUCAACUGGAGCAUCAAUGACAGGUGUGUGGAAAUCAUCGCCAAGGAGGGAAGAAGUCUGAAGGAGCUCUAUCUGGUGUCUUGUAAAAUCACAGAUCAUGCUCUGAUAGCCAUAGGCCAGUACAGCAGCACCAUAGAGACAGUGGAUGCCGGCUGGUGUAAGGACAUCACAGACCAGGGGGCCACACAGAUCGCUCAGAGCAGCAAGUCCCUGCGCUACCUGGGCCUCAUGAGAUGUGACAAGGUGAAUGAGGAGACAGUGGAGAGGCUGGUGGUCCAGUACCCCCACAUUGUUUUCAGCACGGUGAUGCAGGACUGCAAGAGAACCCUGGAGAGAGCUUAUCAAAUGGGCUGGAGCCCCAACACCUCGAACACCUCGUAGCUACUGCUGGAUCAAACACACGCACACACACACACACACACACACACACGUACACACACACACACACACACACACACACACACGUACACACACGUACACACACACGUACACACAAACACAGACACAUAUCUACACAGAGGCCCUAUUUGUGUACAGACACACAUACACAAUGUUUGCAGUUCACCCCUGUUUGCUUCUCAUCCACUGGUCAAACAUGCAUGUGGACAUGUAGCUACACACUCACUGACAGAAGGUCCAGCCAUCAACAGUUUAGUAUGAAGCAGAUCUCCAAUUUUAACUGAAACUGAAAUAAAAUGGGCCUCUGUUUUUCAUGAUUAAGGGACACUUUAUACACCCACCAAUCAUAGGUUAAAGUCAACUCGACUGAAUUGUUUUCAUCAUCAUUUACAAGUCAGAUUAUUUGCAGCAAUAUUGUGUACUUUCAUUUAGAAGAAUCUUAAUUGAAUAGAUUAUUUGGUUGCAAAAAAUGUGCACAAAGAAGUGUUAUUUGUUAUCUACUUUAAGUGUUACUGGGUUGAUAGAGUAUUCAGCCUCAUACAUUUUAAGUCCUCCACAUCACUUUGGAUGGAGCGAAGGUAAAGGUUUACAAGGGUGCAGGGAGGUCUGGUCUUUGACACAAAAAACAUCCAAACUGAAGCAUCGGACCAGAACUGAGAACAGAUUAAAAACAGUUUGCUGCCCCAGGCGGAACUGAUGCACAGUCCUCUGUAGCGUUUACCUCCUUCGAACUGAACUCACAUUCUGCAGUACCAUCAUACAGGACAGGGCUGACACUCACAGCUCAGAAGAGGACAUUCUACAACCUUGUUUUGCGUUGCAUCCAAGCUCCCGGGGUCAUCGGGUCUUACUGGAGGCAUUUUGAGAAUCCUGUCCCCCUUUAUAUUGUCCAAUUUGAUGAUUUUUCUUUUUCUUUGAUGUUCAGUAAAUUGAUUAAGGCAUUUGUGAACUUGUGUUGAGACUGCAGAGGAGGCUCCAUUUGAAGGAUAGAGCUUUUUGCUGUGACUUACUAUAAGCAUGGUACAGAGGAGAGAUUGAGGCUAGACUCAGUCAAAGCCAAGGCGAACGCGUGGCAGGAAAACAGCAUUGAUAUUUCCUCAAAAACUGCAUGUUUACACUAAGACCCUUGUCUUAUUUUUCAUCUAAAGAGCUAAUGUCUGCAGAGGCUCUGUCGCUGAAAUUAUCCUCUGUAUGACAUGGGAACAGUGCUGUUUUUAAUGUCACACAGCAAUAGGGUUAAACUGAGCAUCACCCUGAGUCAGCAAAGACAGUGCUUGAAAUAGAAGUUGCCUUUACCUAAAAAUAAAAACACCCUAUGUCAUGCUAGGAGAAUAUAUUAACCAUGACCACCAUGAUGACAGGUAAGAGGAAAUGUUGCCUUAAGUGGUUUGGAGGUAAUUAGCAACCUGGAAUCAGCUCAGAAUUGACUGAAGACAUGUUUAUCUUCUCUGAGUUUAUCUUGCACCAUAUUCCCAUUAUUUGAUCUGUUAUACGUAUUCAUAUAAGACAUACUGUGUGGGAUUUACUUAGCCUAAUAUUGGUUUUUGAGCAUAUACUUGUAACAUUAUCUAUGUAGCAAUGCAAUGAGGGAUUUAUCUUUCUUAGUGGUCGAGGAUGUUAAGAAAUAACUGCCUCGGGCCGGUAGAAGUUGGUAGGUAGGAGUGGAUCAUUUUUCAUUUAUUCUAUAGAAACUCAGUAGUGUACAGUUAUACAUGCAAAUAACCAGGGUAUUUUUCUAUGGUGUGAACCAGCUCUGGGCUCAGCCUCCACACACUGUUACUCAGACAUGAACAAUAGCUUCCUGAGCUUAGAGUCUCAGCAGAACUGUAAACUUUCUACAGCAUAGAGAGAUUUCAGACAAUUAAAACAUGUUCCUUUUACCCUUGUCAGGAUUUGUAGAGUUUAAUCGAUGGAGAGUUUCUCCCUCAGCCUGUUUUUUUGUUCUGUUUCUGUUCUUUUGUAAUCCCCAUAUGCACUUUCUUCUCUGCUAGAUGUUGACACACUUGAUUCCUGAUUUGUUAAGGCAACCGUAAAUGACUGGAUUUACAUAAAGAUGAAUAAAACACUACAACUUCAA